GAUAGUGUAGAAGUUCUUUUUUUGUUUAUAGAACUGUUUUCCUCAUGUUUCUUAUGAGCUUUCGUUAUUUUGCAUUUUCUAGUGUUUUUUCAUUAUCAUCUUUUCCGAUUUUUAGAAUAUUCUUCAACUCGUUUCCUAUUAUAGUCCGGAUUUUUCUGAAAUACUAUUUUUAUAUGUACUGUUAGCUUAAUAUAUAACUUUAAAUAUGGACGAUGUUUUGUUGUUCCCUGUCUUCCCCAGUGCAAGACUAUUGAUUCCUCUCUGUCACGUGAUCUGAAUACAGGAACUCAAUUUAAUAAAUGCCUGUAUGUAAUUUUUAGAUCGUUUCAUCUGGAAGCCGGUUACCAACGAGAUAUAUCUAUGGAAAUUUAAAGUUAUAAUUUUAAAUAUCUACUACUGGAAAGAAAAGAGUAUCAUGAAAACUGCACCAGGGAUAGCACAAAGGACCCCAGACAAUUCUCUUAAAGCUGCUCCACCUUGCGGUGGUCUUUACAAUCCAACUGACAGCAGAAAUUGUCCAAGUUCAUUGAAUAUUCGCAAAAAGCUAAUUGGAGAAAAUGGAAAUUUCGCUGAAAGUAUUAUCUGUUAUAAUGGGGGCACUGUAUCUACAUAUUUGGCAAAGUCUUGUCCAUCAACUCUUAUUGCUAGAGAAAAGUCUAUAGAAGAAAAUAACAACACAAGCAAACCGUUACCAUCUACAAUCGCCAAUGUUGAAAGAGUAUCACUUAAAGACGGAUUUAUUAGCUGUUUACGUCCGAUUUGGACAAUGUUUGGAAAGAAUGAAAAUAAGACAAAUGGAAAUUUCGACGAUGAAUGGGAAAUUCCUUUUGAAUCGAUUAAAGAACUGCAAUGGAUUGGUUCGGGAGGCCAAGGAGCUGUUUUCUUAGGCACAUUUGGAAGUGAACAAGUUGCUGUUAAAAAGGUACACGAUAAAGCACAAACAGAAAUUCGACAUCUAAGGAAAUUGAAUCAUCCCAACAUUAUUAAAUUUAAAGGAGUUUCCACUCAACCGCCUUGUUAUUGUAUUAUAAUGGAAUAUUGUCCAAAUGGUCAAUUAUAUGAUAUGAUAAGAGAUAAUAAACAAAUUCCUCCACCUAUUGUCGUCGAUUGGGCCAAGCAAAUUGCUAAUGGAAUGAAUUAUUUACAUUCUUUCAAUAUAAUUCACAGAGACUUAAAAAGUCCAAAUGUUCUGCUAGCUGAAGAUAAUAUAAUCAGGAUAUCCGAUUUUGGAACAAGUAAAGAAUGGAACCAAAAGUCAACAAGAAUGUCAUUUGCGGGAACAUGUGCUUGGAUGGCUCCUGAAGUUAUACGCUACGAACCUUGCUCAGAAAAAGUCGAUGUUUGGGCUUAUGGAGUUGUGCUUUGGGAAUUGCUAACGGGUGAAAUUCCUUAUAAGAACGUCGAUCAGUCUGCUAUUAUAUUUGGGGUUGGAAAUAAUUCUUUAACAUUGCCGAUACCAUCAAUGGUACCUAAUGGUUUUCAAAUACUGCUACAGCAAUGCUGGAGUGAGAAGCCAAGAAAUCGGCCUUCUUUCAAGUUAAUAUUAUCUCAUUUGGAAAUUGCCUCCUCUGAUCUCUUAAAUAUGCCAGCUGAAGAAUAUUAUGGGAUGCAGGCUUUGUGGAAGAAUGACAUAGCUGAACAAUAUUGCAAGUACAAAUGUGAACCGGCAAGAGUAACUCAACUGGAACAAGAGUUAAUUAGGAGGAGACGGGCAGAACUCAAACAUGCUCAGGACAUAAGGUUACAUUAUGAGAGAAAAUUUGAGCGUGUUACUAAUUUACAUAACGAAUUAGUAAUACUUAUGAAUCGAUUGAAAUCAAGAGAAAUUGAAUUAGCAAAGAAGGAGAGGAGUUUAUCCGUGAAAAGUAAUAAACAAAGGAGUUUAUUGAGGCCAGUUAUGAGAGCGCAAGAAAAACUUGGCAAAACUGUCAGUCAGAAAAUGCAUAAAUGCAUUUCUGAUCCAGGUACUAGUCCAGUCAACAACAAUCCUCCGAAUUCUGUUCUACAAAAUCCACCGGAUGAAAAAUCAAAGAUUCAGCGUAGAUUUAAAAGAAGUAGAAAAAACCAAUCUUUAACAUCAUCUCCAAUACAACAAAUGAAUGUCAUCGAGCAAUCAAAGAAAUCUAUGCAAUUGGAGUUGAGUGUAAGAGAUACAAAUGUUACAAACAAUAACAUUGUGGAGAAUGUUGAAAAUGAAAAGUCGAAAGAAGACAACACAGAUUUGUCUACUUCUAAAACUAGUGAAAUGACCUCUUCGAAAUGUUCUGAUAUGAUGACGUCUUCUAAAGGAAGUGAUAUAAUGACCUCAAGUGCAAGUGCAGUAUGCGCUGAUGUUGAAUCAAAUUGUGCCUCUCCUAAAUCUUCUCCCAAAAAGAGAAGAGAAAAAUCUAAGAAAGUAGGUUUUUCUAUAGAAAAGAACGGUGAAGAAAGUGAGAGGACCAGGCGUAAACUAAGAAGACAAGAUCAGCAAGCUGAACAAUCUUCGGACAGCGACUCAGAAGAUCCGAAGAGUGAUCUCAAAGGAGAGUGGAGUAGUUCGCUAUCUACCGAACAACUACAUAUCAUUCUAGAACAAAAUACUUCUGACGAACUAUCUGAAAAAGAGGCUGCCUUUAAGAGAUUCAAAGAUAUAUCUUGCCAAGAUCUACAAAAUUAUCCAAUUGAUGUUCUUUCAACAAGUAACUCAGAAGACGAAGCUCCCUCUGACGUUACUGUUAGAAAAUCUAGAAGUUCUUUGUCUGAAAAGAGCUCUUACUAACGUCUUUCCAACGAAGGAAUGAUUUCCAUUUUUAAAAUGAACUGAUACAAAUAUUUUUUAUUCUAAGUUUUGUGCCAAGCUCUUUUAUUAGUCAUAUUCUAUGUUCUUUUGUUAAAGACAGAUUGUUUUUUUUUUUUAAUUGUUACUUGUUAGUUAUAUCUAUACUUUUUUGUAUCAUGACUUUUUUCUUUUAUAAUGUCUUACUCACUUAAUAAAGCUUUUACUCUAAA